AUGGCGGAGGCUACACAAAGCGGCGGCUUACUCGACCUCGAGAAGGAGCUGACUUGCUCUAUAUGCAUGCAAGUUCUCCACCAGCCCCUCACCCUUCUCGACUGUCUCCACACCUUUUGCGGCUUUUGCCUCAAAGAAUGGUUCGUGUUGCAAGCCUCUCGAGCAUCAUCAUCGAACCCAUAUCCAAUCUCGUGCCCGUCAUGUCGAGCCUCAGUACGGGAUACCAGGCCAGAUGCAAAGGUCACUACAUUGCUGGAUAUGUAUCUACAAGCCAAUCCUGGCAGAGCCAGAGAUGAUGACGAGAAAGAAGAGAUCAAAAGCAAAUACACACCAGGGGAGAAUGUGCUACCGAGGGUUAGGAGGAGUAGGGAAGGUAGUGAUCAGGCUGAGGAUAGGAGGAUAGUAGAAGAGGUGAGGGAGAUGAGUUUGAGAGAGGUGGGAAUUGGAGGAUCGGGGUCUUAUCAGAGGGGUAUCAGGCAUCGAGUAAGGGACGGCGCAAGAGACGCGAGAGAUGAAGAUGCUAGGCAACAAAGAAGAGACCGAGAGGGAGGGUCAAGCAGUGGUGGUGAUCUUGGUGAAGAAACUGCGAGACCCUCUUCUGCGACAGAUGCUGCAAACCAGGCAAGACGGAUCGGACACCAGUCUAGUCUACGGUCUCUACUGAGCACCAGCGAUUUGGACUCUUCGGAGAUGGAAGAGGAGAUCCUGAGGCAGAUUAUCGAUGAGGGGAUUCUGGAUGGGAUUGACUUGAAUAGCAUUGGCGUUGGGCAAGAGGAUGAACUUAGUGAGAAGAUCGCUGAGGCAUACAGAAGACGGCAUGGAAGGAUGUCUAGGAGUCAGGAUAAUCGAGCUGAACAGCGAAGAGUCUCCGGUUCGCGGGGGCAGAGGUCGAAUUCGAACGAGCCAAGACAACAGAGGAGACCAGGCAGGUCUCCCAACCCGGCUGAUCAGACUACGCAUUCUUCUCAUCCCCCAGUCUCGAGACCGUAUCUAUUGGAGGCCUAUCCUUCAGGAGAGGGACACAGGCGAAGGACGUCCAGCGAGACUAGGCAGACUAGGCGGCAGACUUCUCCGACACCCCCUUCGUCUAGCUCACGGACAGCUUCAGAGACGCAGAGGCAAGCAGCGCGGUCAGUCACAGAUCUAUCGAAUAGACCGCAGACUUCUAAUGCAGCAGCGCGGUCUGCUACCGACUUGUCCGGCAGACCCCAAAGUUCUUCAAACCAAAGGGUUCGCCCAAGGGACAUUCCAAGCGGUGGUAGGCGGACAACAGAUCUGGCAAACGUUGUGGUGUCACCGCCACGAAUCUCAGCUUCGGACUCACCUUGGGCCGCUGGCCAAAACAAUCGACAGGUUUCUCGUCCAACUGACAGUGCUCGCUUAGCAGCCAGGGCGCCAUCUGAGCCACGGAUAACGGAUGCAGUCUCCAUUCCCCAGCCCCCAGCAGAAUUUCCAGUCCUAUCAAUAGCACAAGUCACAUAUCCAGAACCUUCCAUCUCUUGCGAAAGAUGUGGCAAGGUCAAUCUGGAGCAUGAGUUGCAUAUGAAUUGCGAUCAAUGCAUCGAAGGUAGGUAUAACCUUUGCCUUCGCUGCUGGCGUCUCGGACGAGGCUGUCUCCAUUGGUACGGCUUUGGCCAUAACGCGAUGGUCCAAUGGGACAAAAAAUCGACUUCGGGGGCUGGCUACCCACCAGAACAUCCAUUGCCACACAUCCUCACUGGUCAUCGAUAUCUUAGUCCAUCAUCCGAUAGCUGUCAGCACACAAAUGGGAGUGAGCAAAGGCUUAUGACAACAUCAGAUCCUAGCAAACGUCUCCGGUCGGGCCCUUUCUGUUCCAACUGUUCUGCCUUUACACCGGAGUGCUUUUGGGAAUGCGAGGUCUGUAACGAUGGUGAAUGGGGUUGUUGCAAUGCUUGCGUGAAUCAGGGCAAAUGCUGCACACAUCCACUACUCCCUGCUUCUUAUCCCCUAUCUACUAAUCCCGGCGACUUCGGACCGUCUAAUGCGACACAACAUGUUUCAUCGACCACCUUUACCCCCAUCAUAACCUCCCGGCCCCAGUCGACGGAAGAGCCUUUCGACGAAUCGCAUAUUCCCCUCACGUUCAGCACCAAGUGCGACAUUUGCACCUACCCUAUCCCACCAUCUACUACUCGCCUCCACUGUCCCCAAUGCAAUGACGGCGACUACGACAUCUGCACCACAUGCUAUCUCCGUCUCGUCAAAAUCGGAAGGAUCAGUGCUGAGAAUGGACCCAGAGGCUGGCGCUGUUGUCCCAACGGUCACAGAAUGAUCGUCAUCGGCUUCGAGGACUCUGUCCAGGGCCAAAGACGCGUUGUCGUCGAAGACCUUGUAGGUGGCCACGCACUCAACGAUACGACAGACUCCGAGGGAAAAGUGUGGCGUUGGCGAGACGAAAGCCAGCAGACACAAGCGAAGACAAUCUCGACGGCCGUCAAUGGUAGAAGCUUCGGUGGCUCUAAACCGCAUCCCAAUAACCCGGCCGUUGGGAGGUAUCCACCUAAUGGAGGCGUGGGUAUGCGCGUGCUAGCAUUGUGGUCGUAUUGGCCGCAGGAGGGUGUGGAAGAUGAGCUUGCGUUCCCAAGGGGCGCCGAGAUACGAGAGUGUGAGGACAUCAAUGGGGAUUGGUUUCUGGGGAUCUAUUGCGGGAAAAAGGGUGUCUUUCCCGGGAACUACUGCAGGAUACUGGAGAAGAUUGGUGUUUGA